AAGCCUGCCGCCAGCCCUUCGCGGGCCCUCCUUCGGCCCGAUCUGCCCAAGUCCCGAAGUUGCACCUCGGCGGCGACAACACGGCGGCGUCAGCCGACUUCUUCCCCUUCCUCUGCCUGCCCAUGGAUAUGCACUGCAAAGCAGACCCCUUCUCCGCCAUGCACCCAGGGCACGGGGGUGUCAACCAGCUCGGGGGGGUCUUCGUGAACGGCAGGCCCCUUCCCGACGUGGUGAGGCAGCGCAUCGUGGAGCUGGCGCACCAAGGGGUCCGGCCUUGCGACAUCUCCCGGCAGCUGCGGGUCAGCCACGGCUGCGUCAGCAAGAUCCUGGGCAGGGACCUGCUGUGGGUUCGGAAAGAGGGGGAGAGCCCAAACCAGCAAAGAAACAAACCGAUUGCAACCCCAUUUGCUGUGAGACCCGCCGGCAAGUCUCCCCUCCCCGCCUCCCAGCUCAGCCAGGCCGGGCCCUACUUUCUCUCCAGCCCCAGGUACUACGAGACGGGGAGCAUCAAGCCCGGCGUGAUCGGCGGCUCCAAGCCCAAAGUGGCCACCCCCAAAGUGGUGGACAAGAUCGCCGAGUACAAGAGGCAGAACCCCACCAUGUUCGCCUGGGAGAUCCGGGACCGGCUACUGGCCGAAGGCAUCUGCGACAACGACACCGUCCCCAGCGUGUCCUCCAUCAACCGGAUCAUCAGAACCAAAGUGCAGCAGCCUUUCCACCCAACACCAGAUGGGAGUGGAACCGGAGUGAGUGCACCUGGACAUACUAUCGUUCCCAGUACAGCAUCCCCUCCCGUCUCCAGUGCCUCCAAUGAUCCAGUGGGCUCCUACUCCAUUAACGGGAUUCUGGGAAUUCCUCGGUCGAAUGGUGAGAAGAGGAAACGUGAUGAAGAAGUAUCCGAAGGCUCAGUCCCCAACGGCGAUUCCCAGAGCAGUGUGGAUAGUUUGCGGAAGCACCUUCGUGCCGACACUUUCACACAACAGCAGCUGGAAGCUUUAGAUCGAGUCUUCGAGCGUCCUUCUUACCCAGAUGUGUUUCAGUCAUCAGAGCACAUCAAAUCUGAGCAGGGUAAUGAGUACUCCCUCCCAGCUCUGACCCCUGGUCUAGAUGAAGUCAAGUCAAGUCUAUCCACCUCUGCUAACCCAGACCUGGGGAACAACGUGUCAGGACCCCAGACAUACCCUGUAGUGACUGGACGUGAUAUGGCAAGUACAACUUUGCCUGGGUAUCCACCCCAUGUACCACCAACUGGACAGGGCAGCUACCCAACCUCAACUCUUGCAGGAAUGGUGCCUGGGAGUGAAUUCUCAGGAAAUCCUUACAGCCACCCUCAGUACACAACCUACAAUGAGGCCUGGAGGUUCAGCAACCCUGCACUACUAAGUUCCCCUUAUUAUUAUAGUGCCACAUCCCGGGGCUCCGCACCUCCCACUGCUGCCGCUGCCUAUGACCGCCACUAGUUACCAUGGAAAUCACAUGAAACUGCAGGGUGACAGCCUAGGCCUCCAUAUUGUACCUGUCUGAUGAACAUUCUGCACCCCUUGGAAGGAUGAAGAAAAUCGCUCCAUUUCCAUCGACCACUCCCUCUCCUACCCCGCCCUCAUCUUUUGAGACUGCAGGACAUACUGGGAUGUCAUGUUUGCUACCACCAGAUUGGAAACUUCAUGCCCUUUGCAGUUCAAUCGAGCAAGUGUAUUAGAGGACGGCAAAGAAAGGCCUGUGAUCAUUGCUCCUGCUUCUGCUUUGGCGGCUAAUGCCACGGCAAUACUUCCGACUGUCCCACAUGAAUUGUUCUUUGCCUCCACGGCCUUCCGUUCCUUCCACACCAGGCUUCCCCGACCCCUAACUGUGAGAGGAGUCUGAGCAACUGAGUCUGCCCUCUCCUCCUUUGGACUGAUGCAGACAGGAGCUCGCAAAGGAGAUGACUGCUUACCACUCAUUGUGUCCCUCGGAAAUGCUCUUCUGUGAAAAAACACGUCAGGUUCCUGAAGCCACAAGCUUGGCUUAUUGUGUUACAAAGGAGGUUUUCUGUGAGCCAUCCACUCUGAUUUCUCCAUAGGUUGGUUAAAAGAAUUAGGCCUUGCUUUCCGCACAGUUUCGUCCGAAGACCGACGGUGUCCAUCCGGUAUAUCAUAAUUUUGCAGGCGGGCGUUUGGGAGGAAGCCACCCCCACGUAACAUAAACGUAAGAGUCAAGUCAGACAGGAGACUGGAAUGAUGUCAACCAACCAAUGGGAAAAAUGAAGAACUAUAUAAAUAGAUAUAUAAAAAAUAACUUUUUAAUGCUUUGUCCUUAAGGUCUGUAAAAAGGAGGAGAAACAGGAACACCCCCCCCCCCCCAGUUUUCUAAAAGCAAGAUGUUCCAGCGAAACUAAACUGAAACACCAUCCCAACCUCAAUGGUAGACGUUCUUUCUGAACAAUAAUUCUCCCCUUUCAUUCAUUCUUUUUUCUGUUUUCAGUGGACAUGUCCAUGCGGGGCUGAGGAGAGUGCCAAUCCAUUAUUUGGGGGCACUGGUCACACUACGCAACUCCAGUAAGAACCAGGAAAGCAGGGGGAAAUUAAAUCGGCUGCCCUGUCCCUCUCCCCCCACAACAUUUCUUUAGCAAGUUAUAAUGGCAAAAAAUAUUAUUAUUAUAUAUUGCAGAUGGAUGGUCACAUUUUGGGGCACAUAACAUUGAACCAAAACAAUGUCUUGGUUCUUUAGUUACCAGAUUCUGCCAUAACUUUUCACACUGAAGAUCUAGAUGUUGUUCUCUUUUCUCACUGAAGCUAUAGUAUUCUGAUAUACGAGGGUUAUCCAGAAAGUAGAUUACCUUUUGGAAUUAAAAAUGAACAAAUUUUAGGAGAAAACAUUUACCAUAUGCAGUUGCAAGCCACACCCAAAUUCCACUUCUCAACAUAGUCGCCAUUCAAAUCUAGGCACCUAUCAUAGCAAUGAAUGAGCUUGGCAACUCCUUCCCCACAAAACUCUGCCGCUUGCGUCCUCAACUCAGCGUUUUGGCGACGAUGCGCAGCUACAGAAAGGGGUGACCAGCUGGUUGAGGAUGCAAGCGGCAGAGUUUUGUGGGGAAGGAGUUGCCAAGCUCAUUCAUCGCUAUGAUAAGUGCCUAGAUUUGAAUGGCGACUAUGUUGAGAAGUGGUAUUUGGGUGUGGCUUUCAACUGCAUAUAGUAAAUAUUUUCUCUUAUACUUUGUUCAUUUUUAAUUCUAAAAUGUAAUCUACUUUCUGGAUAACCCUCGUAAAUGACACACAAAAAGAAAGAAAACGUAAUUCCUGCUUGCUCCCACAUUUUGACCAGAUCUCAUAACAGCCAGCUCAUAACACUUUUCCUGGUCUUAGGACUGCCCAUUUCCUUUUUUCUGAAUGAACAAUCCUGGGCAGAAUUGGGAUCCCUAACCAUGUCGCUUGCUUUUCUAGAGGCUAAUGUCUUACCUUGGUGGACUCACAGAUGGAAACACAGUAAGGGUUCUACAGAAGGUUGCUGUGCAAAAGGAAUAAGGAUGAAUCAUUGGUCCCACUGACACUGCCAUACAGUUCAGUUUCUGAAUUGUCUGCUUUGAACUGAAUUAUAUGGCGAUGUAGACACAUAAUCCAGUUCAUAGCAGAUCAUCUGGAUUCAGAAACUGGAUUAUAUGGCAGUGUAGAUCCAGCCAUUCGCUAUCCCAGGGUGCACAAUCCUUUUGGCCUUGAGGGUCAUAUCUUGUAUGGAGUGCAGGGCACGGCACAUGUGUAAAUACAGAUACUGGGAAGCAGGUUCACUGAUGAACAGGGGAGCCUUGUGCUACAAGCAGAAGGAAAAUUGAGAUGCUGGAAGCUAGGAAUGAUCUCCCGCACCCACCAGCCACUUGAUUGAGAUGUGGGUGGGCUCCUAUUGAUUUUGGCUGCGGGGCACAGUAUUCAUGCAAAUUUCAUAAGCAAAGGAGACUGAAAACAUCCAGUUGAAUGGGAUGUAAAGGAGAGACAAAGUCUCAAAAUGUAAACAAUUGGUUUUAUUCUCUGCCUCCCCACCCCCAUCCUCCAUAAAUCCCAGUGCUUUUCAGCCAAUACAUAUUUACAUGACUGUCCUCAAGGGAUGUUAAAGAAAAGAGGAAGACAUACAAACAUUAAUGCAAAACAUGAGCUGAAUAGAUUAAAAAUGUCACAGGAUACGUAUGCCUUAUAUUAACUUCCACAUGAAAUGAUAUCUAUGAAGAUUACUACAGUCAACAAAACAGUUGCAUGCAUAUGAAAGACACUCCACGUAUUUAUAAAGCAAUCUGCAGAGAUUAUUAAAAGUGGGCCUUUAAUCCUGCAAAUGACAACUAGCAUUUUUCAGAUUAGAUAGUUGAAUAUUAUGGAUUUACAAUGUUUCUUUUCCUAUAUCAAUAUACUCACAAGUCCCUAACCCACAAGUACUCUAAUACGGUGUUUCUGAAACUCCAGUCCUCCAGGUGUUUUGGACUUUAUCUCCCAGAAAUCCCAGCCAGCAUGCCAGCUGUUAGGAAUUGUGAGAACUGAACUCCAAAACAUCUGGAGAAGCGGCGUUUGAGAAACACUACUGUAAUACAGUUUCUCUUAAUGCAGUAAAUUAUACAUAGGCAAAGUAUUUAAAGCAUGCAUAAGGGACCAUUUCAGAAAUAUUAAGAACAAGAAAUCAGAGUCUGAUAAAUCACUAUAAUUCAUUAGUUAAUAUAAGGCAUUUGUAUGUAAUAUUUUUGAUAUCUUCAGUUCAUGAUUUGUAAUAUAGUAGUCAAUUAUUUCAUUUUAAUGGUCCUUCAAAAAGAAUAAUAGAAACACUGUUCAGCCAAACUAUGAUAAGCUUUUUUUGAAUAUGCUUUAAAAGAAAAGUACAUCCUGGUGUUCUAUGUCUCCUUUGUUAUCAGACUCAAAUUUCAUAUCCAGCUUAUCCUUUUUUUGCAAGCAUACUAAGAAGCAUCCUAUUGCUAAAAUCGCAAUGUAUGCAAACUCUCAAUUGUUAGAAUCGAAAUAAACUUGCAGAUAGGACAACUUUAUGCAAACCAGGCAUAUCGGCACUUAAUUGUUUUGAUUUUAAAAUGUUUGUUUGACUCCAACAUUUCCUUCAGCCAUGUUCUUAAUACUAAGCAUGUUCCAACCAGUGAGCAGUCUUUGCUGAUUCCUCCUCUGCAACCCCAGGGCCAUCUCCAGCAUUUUUUCUUGAAGACCUUAAUAACACCUUUAUUAUCGUGUCAGAGAUGACUGGAGAACAUACUGCAAGUUGCUUAUGGUGUGAGAGAAUUGGCCGUCUACAGAGAUGUUGCCCAGGGGACGACUGGAUGUGUUAGCUGGGAGGCUUCUCUUAUCUUUCCACAAUCUAGACCUGACAGACGGGAGCUCACCCCAUCUCGCAGAUUCGAACUGGCAAUCUUCAGGUCAGUAACCCAACAUUCAGGUCAGCAGUUAAGCCAGCACAGGGGUUUAACCCAAUGGUUCUCAACCUGGGUCCCCAGGUGUUUUGGCCUUCAACUCCCAGAAAUCCCAGCCAGUUUACCAGCUGUUAGGAUUUCUGGGAGUUGAAGGCCAAAACAUCUGGGGACUCACAGGUUGAGAACCACUGGUUUAACCCAUUGUGCCACCAUUCAUAACGCCUGGAACAGCCUUUCGGGGUAGUGGUAGGAAUAGAGGACUGCAGAUCAAGGAGGAAUUAGCACAGCUAAGACACCUCCUUUAUUCUACCAAUGAAAAUGCACUACUGAUUCAGAAGCUGUCUGGACACAGCAGAACCCUUCUUUCUACAGAAUAUAGAUCUGGAUGUUUAGGAGCUGGGGAGGGAGUUGCAUUCUGCUUAAGUAGAACAUGACAGCAUAUAGUCCUGUCACAUUUAUCUUGCAUACAUCUGGGGAGUAAGAUCACUGCAGAUAAUUCUUCUAGGGCUGCAGUUUUCAAAAAGUAAAGCAGGAAUAAGCAUUCCAGGGAAGACUGGAAAAUAUCCUUGCCACCUCUCCCUGGGAAGCCAAGAGGCAGGGGGUGAAGUCACUUUCGCAUAACUAUAACACGGGAGGUUUUGUGGCCCAUUCUUUCUACAAAUUGCCAAUACAGCGUGGAAAUAAGAAAUGACUUUCAAAGGAGGGGAGGCUAUCUUUUUUCACAGGCCUCUUCCACGGCAUUUUCAAAGCAUGUUGCUAAACAGGAGCCCCAUGGCACCUUUCCAAGCUUCUAUGUGGCCCCAGAGCGGCUUUCUUUUAAUUCAUCUGUAAUUCAGAGGACACUGAGUCAUGGAUGCUGACCAAAACAAGCAUUUGUGUUCCACCCCAGUCUAUAUAUUCAUGUUUGUGCUUUAUAUAUGCCAUUAUCGCCCUCCAAAUUAUAAAAAUGAAGUACAAAAACCUUUCUGUAAAUAUACUUGCUGUUUUGUCUCUUCCACAGCACACAAUUGGGGUGAUCGAAAAGCAUUUCAUUAUCAUAUCCUUAGCCAAAUUCAAGCUUCUUUAAAGUUUAGAAACACAAGGACAGCCACUGCUCAUGCGUAUGCGGUAUUUAAAACCCUGUUUUUAAAAGGAGAUUUAAAUUGUCCAUUGACUAGUUUUGAAUAUGAUUCCCAAAAUGUUUUGGAGGCAGAAUAAUGGGUUGGACCAGCAGCAACAUUCCCCUGAAAUCCAGCUGUUCCAUAUUUCAUGUUACACAUCCAAGACAGGAAUGAAAUGUUAUAAAAAGAUUGAUAUAUUUCAGUUACGUAAAAUUCUCAGGUCCAGAAAAAUGUAUGUGAAGGGAAGAACAGCUGACAACAAUUUGACCUUUCAUUCAUUGUCUUUCACUUAACACUAGGAGGAUCAAGGGAGAAUGUGUAUCACUUCACCACUGCUGGGUUAGUUUCAGGACCAUUAAAAUCCUGUUCAGUUUAGCCUGCCUUGAUUGUAAGGAGGGUAAGCAGUUCUGUCUAGAACAUCCUAUGCAAAGGACCAGGCUGUGCCUUGGUCUUUUCCACCACCUCUUCUCAAGAACCAGUGUGAAUGUGGGUAGUACAUUUGCCAAAGACUGUUUAAUGUUGGCACCUGGUUGUUCUGAGUUAUGGUUUGUGGAUUGCAUUGUAAAGCAGUAUUAUUGUUGAGUUUAGUAACCGACACGGGGAUUUAUGUGAUGAUGCUACACAAAAGACAACCAUCGGUAUCCAUAUAUAUCCCAUCGGUCUGGACUAUGCAGAAAACACAAAGAUUCUAUCAAUUAUUUAAUAUUUUGUUAUUUGCGGGGGGAAAUUACUGCUUUGUAGGAAGAUGAUGUGUGUAAUGUGAAGGCAAUUCCUCUUGUAUAUAAGCCCAUUCUGCAUCUUCAUCUUGCUAGUGAUUGAAACAGACUCACCUCAUUGUGUAGAUAAGACACACAUUCUCUGUACUGUUCAAAUCUCAUUGUGCUCACUGAAAACAAAUCUCUGUGUUCAAUAAAGCACAGGACAAAUUCAAAAUCCGUGGGGAAGAACCACGCCUGACAGGGCCUUUCCCCUGGCAACCUUCAGCAGCCCCAGAAGUGGUUCAUCAUUUCUUUUCCUUUUUCAAAUAAAGCAAAGGACAAAUGCAGGGAAAGAAACAUACAGACACACAUAAUGAACAAAAAUAAAAUUCUAUGCAAAAGGGAAGGGUGAAAAGAUGUUGGUGUCUUUUGCAACUCUGCUGUGGAUUCUGCUACUUUUACUACCAUGACGUCUUCUUCCGUUGGCCUGCCUUUGGUUUUGCUCCCCUUCCAGAGAGGGCUGCCUGAUGUCCGACACAAAAAGAUGGAUUCUAGAUUCCGGGAUUAUUUUUCCUUGUCUUUCUUUGGACACUCCAUGCCUUGCCUCAUUGUGCUUUCUGUUACCCCCAGCUGUGCAGUGAGAAUGGGAAUAAUAAAAACAAAUGAACACCCUCA